GUAAUAACCGAACAUCUUCUGUAUGGUCCGAUGGGAGAGUUCGCUUCGUUCAGCCAGACUUUGCUGGUGUAGUCCUGGUGGAUCUCUCUAUCUCCAUGCUUGCAGCUUGGGGGAAGACCGGAAGAGUGGGGGAUCUGUUUAUAAUGGAGGACGACCCCCUCGGUGAUGGCACGCUACUUUGCGCCUUCCCUCCUGUUGCUUUUGUUGUUGUUGUUGUAGUGACUUCGACUUGAGCCAUUCUUAGCUGUCUUGUCUGGCCCUGACCGCAGGCUCGGUACCAUCAAGCCGACUUCUUGAAGCGCUCACAUUAACAGAUUAUAACACAAACUCAACCAUGGCAGCCGAGAUGAAGGACGGAAGGUUCGCUCACGACAUCACUGUGGCUCCCCAAACAAACAGUGUCAUGUCUCUCUUCUCGUUGAAGGGCAAGACUGCCAUUGUCACCGGAGCCGCAGCUGGUAUCGGCUACGGAGUUGCGGAGGCGUUUGCGGAAGCCGGCGCCAACGUGGCUAUCUGGUACAACAGCAACAAGAAGGCACUUGAUGCGGCCGCAGAGAUUGAGAAGAGGUACGGCGUGAAGUGCAAGGCAUACCAAGUCAACGUGACUUCUCUCGAAGCCGUCGAGUCCGCAGUCACCGAGAUCGUCAAGGAGUUCAACGGCCGUCUCGACAUUUUCGUCGCCAAUUCGGGAAUCCCCUGGACGGACGGAGCCGCGCUCGACGGCCCUCCCGAGUCGUAUAAGCGGGUCAUGGCCACCAACGUCGACGGCACGUUCUGGUGCGCCCAGGUGGCCGGGCGUCACUGGCGGAGGCAGAAGCAGGAGGGGACCACGAUGGACGGCAAGAAGCUCGAAGGGUUCACGUACGGCAGCUUCAUCGCGACAGCAAGCAUGAGUGGCCACAUUGCCAACAUCCCGCAGCUGCAGGCGGCGUACAACGCUUCCAAGGCGGCUGUCAUCCAUCUGUGCAGGUCGCUGGCUGUGGAGUGGGUGGGCUUUGCGAGAGCGAACACCAUCUCGCCGGGGUAUAUCAGGACCGAUAUCUCGGAGUUCUGCUCGCCCGAGGUUAAGAAUGCUUGGAAGGACAAGAUUCCUAUGGGCCGCGAAGGGGAGGUCAACGAGUUGAAGGGCGCAUAUCUGUAUUUUGCGUCGGAUGCGUCCUCUUAUACGACUGGCGCAGACCUUUUGGUUGAUGGCGGAUAUUGUGCCCCCUAAAGGCCCCAGAGGCGUUA